AGAGAGAGAGAGAGAGAGAAUGAAUGAAUCUCAAGCAGGCUCCUCACUGUCAGUGCAGAGCCUGAUGGGGGGCUUGAACUCACGAAUCAUGAAAUCAUGACCUGAGCCGAAAUCAAGGGUCAGAUGCUUAGAACUGACUGAGUCACCCAGGCACCCCUUGAUCUGUUUCUCUAUGGAGGAAAGUAUGUACACUAGCUCUCCCGUCUGCUUCUCUUUGCCCUUGCUGUAGAAAACCUCACCACAAUUUUCAGGAACUACAAUCUUGAUCUUGGUUACUUAGGGGCAAGGUAAUACCACCUCAUUUUCAAAGUAUCAUUUUAUUUCACUAUGAGGUAAAAUGGAGGAGUGUGUGUUACAUUUAUAUAUCUAUAGAUAGACACUGAGUUCCUAGAUUUUCAGAUUUGUCUGCUUUAUAAAUUGUUCCAGAAACAAAAGUACAAUAAUGUGAGCAGAUCGUAGUACAUAAAACAGAAAUCCGGAAGGAUUGUGAGAGCUGACUAAACUUAGUCCUUUGUAAUUCACAUUCAUAGCCGGAGGGCUAGUAAGUGCUAAAGGCCUGUGAUGUAUCAGACAGUUCACAGAAUCUAUUCUAUACUGAUCCAGUUACUAAAUUCAUCUGGUGUGGUCUUACCACUAGCAGUUUCUAACUGAAAUAGUUUUUAGGAAGGGUAGUAUGUUAAUCAGUGAAAGGAGAGACUUAGAUUUUGUUUUGCCUUUGUGCCUCAUAAAGCAGAGGUUGUAUGAGUUGGUGCCAAGGUUUUCUUUCCCCAGCGCAUUCAUGUGUUCAUCCUCCCUUCCAUUUUUCUCUUAUUAGGACUUGAUAUACAGACACUGGGCUAGGAGUCCUGACCUUCAGUAGUCUGUAGUUGUCAUUUACUCAGAAACAACUAAAGGUCUUGAAGCCAUACAAAAUAAGAUCAAGUUACAUUUAAUAUUGUAUUUUAUUUCUUAUAUGGCUUCCUAAUUUUAUUUAUCGAUGGAUUGAUUGUAGGUGUUUCACUUCUCCAAAAAUACUGCAAGCAUCUUAAGGAUUGUCGUCUGGCUAGAAGCCCUUUAAUGUGACUUGGUUUUUUGUCCUUUACUAGACCUUACCUUCCUCCUUCUAAUGUGCCACACAGUCUUGGUGUUACUCCUAAGACUGAUCUUUAGCUUUAUUCCUAACUUUUCUGAGGCAAGGCUCUUUUCUGAAGAAGGUCCUGAGAGGAUGGCCUAGGAGCUCACUGCUUCUCCUCAUUUGAGACCUGUAGUGUAGUUUCUGUCAUAACAUCUCGUACGCCCAUGCAAAAGCCCCCAGUACCUUUGCAUCCCAGUCAGAGUAUAAACCAGAGUCCUUUCAUGGCCUAAAAGGACAUCGGUGACCUGGCCUCUCUCCUGUUUCUCCCUCCAUGCCCCCCCCCCACCAUCUGUCUUCAUUUACACCCCAACCUUCUUUGUUCCUCCAAAACUCCUAGCCGUUUCCCAUUUUAUCUGCCUUUGCUCUUCCCAGCAAGCUCUGCCCCCAAGUGAUCGGGUGGCUUGUUCCCUCACUUUAUUCAAAUGCCACCACCUCAGAAAGGCCUUCUAUGACUACACUUUCUCAAAUAAGCUCCCAGCUCCCAAAUACACUCUCAGUCAUGCCCCAUCAUCAUUUUCUGUCCCCUUAUCCUCUUUACAUUUCCUUCAUAGCAUAUGUCACUACUUGACAUGUAAAUUAUUUUUUAUGCUUAGUUUAUUAUUUGUCUUCCUCUAGAAUGUAAAUUCUCUGAGGACACAGACUGUCUUGUUCACUUCUAAAUGAUUACCUUCUGGACUAGCUGCCAGCACAUGGGAGGAUUUAACAAGUAUUUACUAAGUUGAAUGUGUGUUACACUUGAGCAGCCCCCUGUCUCCCAAUUUCUCCUUUCUUUCUUUUUUCCUUUCUCAAUAAACAAAAUGAGAAACUAUUAUGUGAAAUCUAAUUGUAAUGUAUAAGCGGGGAAAAAAAAUCCUAUGGGAUACUCAAAGGAUCCAUAUUUUUGAAUAUAUUUCACUUUCAGUGACAUUGUCCGGUUCUCACAAUGUAUCAUUCCUUAUCUGAAACUAGACAUCCUCUGCAGCCAGAAGAACAGGAAGUGGGCUUUGACCCCUUGUCAAGUUACUCAAACAAGUCUGGAGGAGAUUCAAAUAAAAAUGGAAGAAGAAGUUCUACUUUAGAUUCUGAUGGGACUUUUAAUUCUUAUAGGAAAGAAUGGGAAGAACUAUUUGUAAACAACAAUUACUUGGCAACAAUAAGGCAGAAGGGGAUUAAUGGGCAGCUGAGAAGCAGCAGGUUCCGCAGCAUUUGCUGGAAGCUAUUUCUUUGUGUUCUUCCUCAAGAUAAAAGUCAGUGGAUAAGUAGAAUUAAAGAAUUAAGAGCAUGGUAUAGCAACGUUAAAGAAAUACACAUCACAAACCCGAGAAAGGUUGUUGGCCAGCAAGAUUUGAUGAUCAAUAAUCCUCUUUCACAGGACGAAGGGAGUCUUUGGAACAAAUUCUUUCAAGAUAAAGAACUUCGAUCGAUGAUUGAACAAGAUGUCAAAAGAACAGCACUCUGUGGAGCGAACAGGAGAUGGAAACAUAGGUUUCCUGAAAUGCAGUUUUUCCAACAAGAAAAUGUGAGAAAAAUUCUUACAGAUGUUCUUUUCUGUUAUGCUAGAGAAAACGAGCAGUUGCUUUAUAAACAGGGCAUGCACGAGCUCUUAGCACCUAUAGUCUUUAUCCUCCACUGUGACCACCAAGCUUUUCUUCAUGCCAGUGAGUCUGCCCAACCAAGUGAGGAGAUGAAAACUCUCUUGAACCCUGAGUAUCUGGAACAUGAUGCCUAUGCAAUGUUCUCACAACUUAUGGAAACUGCUGAACCUUGGUUUUCUACUUUUGAGCAUGAUGGUCAAAAGGGAAAAGAAACACUGAUGACUCCCAUCCCCUUUGCUAGACCACAGGAUUUAGGGCCAACGAUUGCUAUUGUUACUAAAGUCAACCAGAUCCAGGAUCAUCUACUGAAGAAGCAUGAUAUUGAGCUUUAUAUGCACUUGAACAGACUAGAAAUCGCACCACAGAUAUAUGGGUUACGGUGGGUCCGGCUACUGUUUGGACGAGAGUUCCCCCUGCAGGAUCUUCUGGUGGUCUGGGAUGCCUUGUUUGCAGAUGGCCUCAGCCUGAGUUUAGUUGAUUAUAUCUUCAUAGCCAUGUUACUCUACAUCCGAGAUGCUUUGAUCUCUAGUAACUACCAGACCUGUCUUGGCCUUCUGAUGCAUUACCCACUAAUUGGGGAUGUACACUCACUGAUUCUUAAGGCUCUGUUCCUUCGAGAUCCAAAGAGAAAUCCAAGACCAGUGACUUACCAAUUUCAUCCAAAUUUAGAUUAUUACAAAGCACGGGGAGCAGACCUCAUGAAUAAAAGCCGGGCCAAUGUCAAAGGUGCUCCCCUGAAUAUAAAUAAGGUCUCUAAUAGCCUGAUAAAUUUUGGAAGAAAGUUGAUUUCUCCAGCAAUGGCCCCAGGCAGUGCGGGUGGCCCUGUACCAGCGGGCAGUAGUGGAGGCUCCUCCACUGCUGUGCCUCCCACCAGGACUCUGGCAGAGGUCCCCAGGCAUCCCCUGCGGCAGCAGCAGCAGCAGCAGCCGCAGCAGCAGCAGCAGCAGCAGCAGCAGCAGCAGCAGCAGCAGAGACUGAUGAAAUCGGAAAGCAUGCCAGUGCAAUUGAACAAAGGCGAUGUAGUUACAGGAAGCGAUGCUCAGGUUUCUGUUCCUGUCCAGACUCUAACUGACCUCCAAGGACAGAGUUCUAAAACCAUCAGCUCAUCCCCGAGCACUGAAAGUUUGCCUGGAGGAAGGGAAUUCACUGGCUCCCCACCUUCAUCUGCUACUAAAAAGGACUCCUUUUUUAGCAACAUCUCCCGUUCCCGCUCACACAGCAAAACUAUGGGCAGAAAAGAAUCUGAAGAAGAAUUAGAAGCCCAGAUUUCCUUCCUUCAAGGACAAUUAAAUGACCUGGAUGCCAUGUGCAAAUACUGUGCGAAGGUGAUGGACACCCAUCUUGUAAAUAUUCAAGAUGUGAUAUUACAAGAAAAUUUGGAAAAAGAAGAUCAAAUUCUGGUUUCUCUGGCAGGAUUAAAACAGAUCAAAGACAUUCUAAAAGGUUCCCUGCGUUUCAACCAGAGUCAGCUGGAAGCUGAGGAGAAUGAGCAGAUCACCAUCUCAGAUGAUCACUACUGCUCCAGUGGCCAGGGCCAAGGCCAAGGCCAGAGCGACCAAACACCUGGGGCCACCAAGCAGUCCUCUUCAGAAACACCAGGGUGCACGGACAGAGGGAGCGCAGACGACUUCAUCCUGGUCUCCAAAGAAGACGACACGGGCAGCACCAAGGGGUCCUUCUCAGGCCAGGCUCAGCCUCUUCGUACCCUCCGAAGCACCUCUGGGAAAAGCGAGCCCCUGGCCCGCUCCCCUCUGGUGUUCUCUGACCCACUGAUGGGCCCAGCCUCAGCUUCCUCCAGCAACCCCAGCUCCAGCCCCGAUGAGGACAGCAGCAGCAACAGCAAGGACUCUGGCUUCACCAUUGUGAGCCCCCUGGACAUCUGACCACAGUGCCCUUGGCUUUCCUUGUAGGGACUGGCCACCCCCCUCAGCGGCCCCAGGGUCUGCCUGAGGCUCCCCCAGCGGAGACCCCUCUGAAACCAACACUUCCUUCCCAGCAGGCCUGUGGCCCUAGCGCAGCCCAUCGGAACCCUCCAGAGAGAGGCAGACGGGGCCACAGAGCACACAGACUGAUGUUCACCAGAACGUAGACAGGGCUUUCGUGGCCCUUACCUCGUCCCACCCCACCCUUCCUCUGAGGUGGACCUGGGUUAAGUAUCCAGGAUCAUGCUCACUGUCAAAAAAAAGACCAAACCACAAUUAGAAUCACUUUUCCUCUGUCCUCUUCUCCCCAACUAAGAAUUAGGUGUGGCAACUCCUUUAAUUAUAACUAGAGAAGGAAGAAGAGUUGGUUUCAAAUCUUCCCUCCCUCAGAGCAUCAGGCGUAGGAAAAUCGAUUGAUAUCAAGAAGGCUUUCUCUCUGGAAAUCUGUAUCUCAGCGUCUUUCAUUCCUCCUUUGGGAAGCCAUAUAGCAGAGCCAAAUACAACAGGAUAGACUAGAACUGGUAGAUUCCAGGCCUGGAAAAAACCCAUCACUGACCUUUCAGAAAGUUACAGCGAUCUUUAGAAACAGGGUCUAAACUUAGGAAUCCUAUUUCAGUGUGAUGGGAGUUAGAUUUUUUUCAUUUCUUAAAGAGUACAUUUCCAGACCUCAGGCCAGAUCAACUCUGGCCAUCACUGACCCUCCUCAGACAACUGUAUUUCUCCCCUUAGGAUCUUUCACAACCAGAAAGCAAGGUCACGUUGAGCCAGUCUUUGCUGCACUGAUUUCAAAAGUUGUAACAAUAUUACUUCCUUGAAUUGGUAAAUGUGACCCUGACUUGUGGGAUAAACAUCUCUCAGUUUUCUGGUAAAGCCUCUGUAGCUUUGACGCUAGAAUACACUUGUCACCUGUCAAUUGAGAAGUAAAGGGAAAAACCCAAACUCAUUCCCAUCCAAAGUCAGGAUCUCCCAUUGGCCUUAAAGUAGCAGUAACAGGGAACUAGACCUGGAGUCCCUUCUGGGGGAGCAGGGCUUCCCCGCAGAACAUUCCAGAUGUCAGGAAGGUGUGGGAUUUCUGCACAGCCCUUCCUUGCUGGGAGCCAAGUGUAGGAGCUGCAGGGCCUGGGUUCGGUUGUGCACUGCGUCCCAGGCACCACCGCCGGGGCAGGACCAGGUCUGGCGUGGCUGCGCCUCCCCGGGCUUCAGCACAGGGUGGGGAUUUGUGCUUUUCCGUAGGCAGCUUAUGGAAUCGCGAUGGGCAGAAAGCAUCACAGGAGCUGUUUGUCUCCUUAAGGAGAAGUCCCUAUAGAGGACACUUCCCCUCUCCUGUGCCCAAGCAGGAGUUCUGACAGGAGAGCCACAGUGCCCCUGCCCUGAGGUGACUGGCUCUUAGGGCCUCUCCUCUGAGGAUGUCGAGGCCUCUGGGCAGCGGAACCUGUCAUGCCCGCGAGCGAAAAGCUAAGUUUGAAAGAACACACACCGUGUACAUCCUUCCCACUGCUAAC